ACCAGAAGACACAUUUUGUUCUCUACACGUACACGUGAAGAUGACGUACCAGCUUCCCGUGAGCGUUCACGGUUAGCGAUUUUAGUGGAAGUCAUUUGUCGCCAUUGUAUUGCUAAAUUGUACAAAUAUGAAUCCUGUCCUGCGAAAGGUGUCGAGUCAAGCGCUUUACCUCUGCAGGCAAGUACUCCAAGUUUCGCUCAGUAAAGUCUCCUUUUGUGUUGACUCUUCUUUUUGUCUUUGUAGGGCUCCAGUAUGCUCCCGACUUUCUGCGUGGGGAGGGUUGGCCCAAACUCAAGAAAGGACAUACAGAAGCUCACCCACCAAAGGUAUUGGGAGGUGGCGGCAUCUCUUGCCCAGAGAAGUGCCAAAGAAAAAGAAAGACAAGCAUCAGAUGCAGAGCAUCAUGGCCGCUACAGACGUGGCGUACGGCACCCUCAACAUCCACGUGUCGGGGUACGACAUGACAGCGGUGGAGCACUACGCUCAAUAUCUCCAUAACCUGUGCAACAGGCUCGACAUCACCGUGGCAGAGAGCUACGCGCUGCCCACCAAAAGCACUGAGGUGAUGCUGAUGCAGGAGAGUGGCACCAAGAUGUACGUCGACUCGCUUCUGAAGACGCAUAAACGUGUCAUUCAGUUGAGCAGCCUGAAGGCGACGCUGUGUCCCGUCUUGAUGGACAUCCUCGUGAAGAACCAGCCGGAGGGAGUGAACCUGUCGGUGAAGGAGCACACGGAGGCGGACUUCUUAGCCCGCUUCAAGGCACGACCUGAGCUGGAGGGGCUCAUGGCUCAGAUGGGCCAAUAGGCUGUGUACAAAAAAACUUUUGCUGGCACUGUAUGGUGGGUUUUUAAAAAAAUAAAAUCAUGUCUGUUGUUUC